UGUUUUGUUAUCAGACCCCGAUCCAUCUGUUAUUGUCGAGCUUGUCGAGCAGCAUGUUGGAAAGCGGUGAGCAUUUUUUUGAGGGAGUUGAGAAACUAGUUGAAAUCUGGUUCGAGGAAAGCUCCAAUAGCGAGAAUGAUCUGCGUAACAUUAGCAGAUCUGAUUGGGAAAACGUGCUGAGCAAUGUCAACUGUGAAAUAAUAAGUACUUCCAAAAACGAUGCUAUCGACGCUUUUGUACUGAGCGAGAGUAGUAUGUUUGUUUCCAAGCGACGAUGGAUUCUUAAAACAUGCGGAACUACAACUCCUCUCAAGUGCUUGGGCUUAUUGCUAAAACUAGCCGAGGCCAACGGCUUUGAUGUAGUAGCAGAUUUGUUUUACUCGCGAAAGAACUUUACUAGACCAGAAGUACAGAUAACUCCUCAUCAGGGCUUUACAGAAGAAGUUACUUAUCUGGACUCCAUUUUUCCGAAUGGAAGAUCCUAUUGUCUGGGCUCUAUGAAUCUGGAGUGUUGGUAUCUCUACACGUUUAGUCGUUCUGAUAUCAAAGUUUCUCCCCAACUCAUAACGGAUGAAAAAGAAGUUGACUCCGAACCCGAUCAAACUAUUGAAAUACUUAUGCAAGAUCUAGAUCCGGAAACCAUGUCGAUAUUUACCAAAAGCAAAUUCGAUAAUGCUCAUGGGGCCACUGUGAAAUCUGGAAUCGAUAAAAUUUUGCCAAGUAUGCACAUUGAUGAUUUUCUGUUCGAUCCCUGUGGAUAUUCCAUGAAUGGAAUUAAUGAUAAGGGAGAAUACAUGACAAUUCACAUAACUCCGGAAAAUAAGUUUUCGUAUGUGAGCUUUGAAACAAACGUUGCGCUCAGUAACUAUAGGAAACUUAUUAAUCAAGUUAUCAAUACUUUCAAGCCGGGCAAAUUUAUUGUAACUAUUUUUGCUAAUAAGUGCUCGUUGGCUUACGAAACCAUGAAGGAGCUGGAAGUAGAAUACUCCAAGGGAUCGCACUGGAAGCGAACGGACAUGCAAUGUUGCAACUUCCCAUCCUACAACCUUCUGUUUGCUCAAUAUUCAUACAAUGAGAAAAAUGGUGAUAAUAAUUGAAAUUCCAAUAUCAAUAGUAAUUGUGAUUGUUUAGCGUAUGUCUAACAAAAAUUAUUGUUCGUUUGUUAUUAAUUAAUUAAAGCAAAAGUCGAAUAAACGAUAAAAGGCUAA